GUGUAUUUCUUUGCUGUUUGCUCCGUCCUCCAAAACCCUUCCUUCAGAAUUCGAGACCGAGAAAUUGUAGGUUAUGGAGGAAAUCAAAGCGUCACAGUCCGCGCCACUUCCUCCAAGCACAGCUCCAUCUCAACCCACUCCGCCAUUGCCUCCUCUUCCUCCCAAGCCCAAGAAGAGGCCACUCGACAGAAAUGCCUAUAUCCAAUAUACAAAGAUGCGUGCUGUUAUUAGAGAUCUUCGUCCUCAUUUUCUCGAGGUUUUGAAGACUCCCGAGUUCCGCAAUUGCAAGGCAGCUAAUGAAAUUCGAGAAAGAAUAAAGCUUCUACAGGACAUGUAUAUAUUGAUGAUGGCAACAACUUCAGAAUCUCUUUACAUCGAGAAGACUAGCAACGUGCUCGAUGGUCAGUCCAUAUCAGUUGAUAAUCAAGAUCAACGAUCCCGGGAACAAUACCAUGAUGGUAAACAGGGGGGCAAGUCAUCUACAAAAUCUUAUGAAAGUAACCACCCUUCAAGUCACGCCCCCGAAAAACAGGGAGCAAAUGAUGGCCAGACAUCUGGAACCUAUAUUGUUGGCGGAUCGGCAUUUGGCUGGAACUUCAUCGCCUUCACAGGUACCGAACCGGUAUAUUAUGGAGUUACAAAGGAAGAAUUUCGGGAAAAAAAUCCCAUUGUUUCAUCAGAGUCAUGAUCUGGAACACUUAGAAAAGUAGUAUGUUGGGGAAAUCUUCUUUGUUAUCUUGAGUUUAGAAGAGCAUUCAAUUGAUGAAAUAGCUUCCUUCUAUUUCUAGUGCGACUAUACAAUGUAGAAGCUUUGAAGUAUAAAGAUAUUAACACGAGCUUCCUUUAUCUAAUACCUCUGAUGAUGGGGUUUCUGUUGAGACAAUUCCUGAGAUUUGUAAA